UUCGCCCAAUCAUAGCUCAGCCAAUCAUACAACUAGGAUUCAAAGGAACCCAAACUGCUGCCUUACCUAGGUAUAUAAAGCACUCUUAUACCGCUUUUCUCCAACUUCUCUUUUUUUCAUCCCUUAGUUACCCUCUCUUUUUAGUCACUAUUUUGGCCCAUCCCUUACAACUAUAAUAUAUUGGUACCUAACCCUAGAUAUCCAACCCACCCAGACACUUAAGCAUGUCUCUCUCAAGCCUGCCUCCCGAGACCCUGUCUUUAGUUCUAGAGUUCCUCGCAGACGAAGACUUGACCUCUCUAAUACUUGCCCAACGCGUGUGCAAGCGCUUCCAGGCAAUCAUAGAACGCAUCCUAUUCCAGCUACCCUUGAGGAGGGUAUGGAACGGAACCAACCCCAUCGGUGUCUGUCCUCUCCUCUUGGGCAGAUUCAACCACCUGUUCGUGAAUGGAAAACGUAAAUUUAGUCCUGACGGAGGCUGGAAUACUGGGAUACCGUUCCGUCGUUUACCAUGGGCUGCUAAGCGCCAGGCGGAUGGAGCAGCAGUAAAAGCGGUCGUGAUGCAGGACUCGCCGUACUUACGCCGCGAGGCAAGCUGGCGUCGUCUAAGCGUAACGUUCGGCGCGGGGCCAAGCGUUAGGUCGGUAGAAGUGGUAAAAGUGCUGACCGUGUACGGCGGCACGAGCAUGGAGUACAAGCAGCUCGAUAUCCCACACCCAUUGUCUAAGGUAUCCGGGGACGCUGACGAGAACGUGGAUGUGGGCGAAGAGGGGAUCCUGACUAUGGGCCUGCUCUACGACCUGCUAGCGUCGGGCGUAGGCCACAUGGGCCAAAUAACGACGAGUUGGCAAUUCCUACCCGGCCGCCGGCUGGGCAGCUACGACGACUGGCAGAAGCUGCGAACCCAGAACCAAUACCCGGAUGUCAAGCAGAUCAAGAAGAUAUUUGUUAAAGACCACGAGAGCGCGGUGUUGUUUGUUACGGGACACAGGGGAUGCACGAUGGGCAAGCGUAUGAGAACGAAGAGUUUCGAUGAUGAGGAUAAGGUGUGGGAACCCGAGGUUAUUGGCGGCAUCCCGAUUAAAAUAAGGCCAAUGCCAGGGACCAUCUCCAGAUCAGUUUUCAAGGACGUAUGAGAGAAGGACAUAAAUAUAAGUCAAAAUAUCAAGCAACUUACCCCUAGGUACUACCUUUUUUAAAUUCUUCAAGGUUCAAGGUCAAAUAGGGAUAUUAUAGUUCAUAUAAGUUAAUAAGGGCCACUUUUCCAUUUUU